AUGCCUGGAUUAUUCAAGAUGGCGCAAGCGGCGCAGGACUCGCUCUCCGAUGAAGCUUUGCUUCCCCUCAAAACCUACAAAUAUUCCAGCGUGGACAAGUCAUAUAUCUCAAAUUACAUUCUCAGGCAUUAUUGGAAUGCUGCUGUCGAGCUUUUGCCAUUAUCCAUCGCACCUAAUAUGGUCACCCUGUUAGGGUUCUUCUUCAUCAUUGCAAACGUUGCGAUCGUUACAAUCUUUGUGCCAGACCUAGUCGGACCGGGGCCGACCUGGGUAUACUACAGUUUCGCGCUUGGAAUAUGGAUGUACUCGACGUUUGACAACAUUGAUGGAAAACAGGCCCGUCGUACGGGCACAUCGAGUGGACUGGGAGAGCUGUUUGAUCAUGGAAUCGACUCUCUUAACUGCACCCUUGCCAGCGUGCUUCACACCGCUGCAAUGGGUCUUGGUUCGACACAGCUCGGCGCUUUCACGGCUCUGAUCCCUUGCUUGCCAAUGUUUUUCUCGACGUGGGAGACAUAUCAUACGCAUACACUAUAUCUCGGAUACUUCAAUGGGCCUACCGAGGGAUUGAUUAUUGCGGUCAUAAUCAUGGUUCUUUCCGGAAUAUACGGACCCCAGAUGUGGCGCGGCCAAGUUGCGGAUACGUUUGGCCACAAGGAAAUAUUUGGAACUCAUACAUAUUUGGACUACUGGGUACUCAUUGUGUUUGGGUCGUUCAUGGUCGCACAUUUGCCGGCAUGUGUUUACAAUGUCGUUCAGGCUCGUCGUCGUCAAAGUUUGCCAGUAUUGCCUGUUUUCAUGGAAUGGACAUCGAUUGUCAUCUUUACAGUCUCAGUGAUGGGUUGGCUGUGGUCUCCUUAUUCGACCUUACUAGCCAACAAUCAUUUGGUCCUCUUCUGCAUUGUUAUGUCUUUCGUCUUCGGCCGCAUGACCACCAAGAUCAUCCUUGCUCAUCUGAUCAGACAACCAUUUCCCUACUGGACCUCAAUGCUAGUUCCACUGAUUGGUGGUGCCAUCCUUGCAAACUUGCCUUAUCUUGGAUUCCCAGCGGUCAGCGCCGGAUUUGAGCUCUGGUAUCUCCGUUUUUACCUCGUCUACGCCUUUGUCAUCUACAUGCACUGGGCUUUCUUGGUGAUUAACAGAAUCACCACUUUCCUAAACAUCAACUGUUUGACAAUCAAAAAAGACAAGUCCGCUGCAAGGGACCAUGUUUACCGCAACUUUGGCGAACCCAGGAACAACAGCGACAAAGCCGGCUUGAAGCAUCACUAA